AUGUCCGCUACGGAAGAAACGGAAAGUUCCGAUGCAAUUUAUAACGUUCAGAGGCCCAAUAAACAAUAUGUGGGUAAUUCAACUAGUGAAAACAACUUUGCAAAUAGCAGCGUUCAAGAAGAAAAUGCUUCAGGCGAGGAAUCUAACAAUAUCUUAUGCAUUAUCGGUAGAAAUGGUAGAAUCGGAGCGUCUUUUUACAAUUUUCAGGAAAAAAUGUUAUAUUUUUAUGAGGAAAUAAUGGAUGCAGGCCCUCAGUAUUUGGUAACACAGGCUUUGUUUCGAGAAGUUACCCCCAAAUAUGUCAUCAGUUUUGGUACAACUGGCGACGAAUUUGUUAAAACACUUAUACAUAUAUUUUCAAAUGAAGAUGACGAAACCACAAAUGGGGUUAAAAAAAUUCCGCAGAAUUUUUAUUUGCUGCCUUUGAAGGAGUACACGUACGAAAUUUGCAAAAUAAUAGUUUUUAACAUAACUCUGAUGUCAAAUAUUGAAAAUUCUGAAAUAAAAAGAGAACUAAACAUACAGUCUUUAAUAAAUGUGGACUCAAAAUUAUCGGUUCAAUCUUUGGGUGGAUUGGUCAAAUAUUUGGAGAAGAAUUGGGCAUAUUUUGAUACAAACAAAGAUAGCAUGCAAUUUGUGCAUAUUCAGCAAAAAACUAUGAAAGAUCAUGUUUUAAUUGAUCUAAUAAGCUUCAAAGCCUUGCAUAUUUUCCAAGAAAAAUGGCACGAAGCUGGUUUCAAACGUGGAACACAAUCAGCUAAUAGAGAAGGUCUUAGUAUUUAUAAACUUUUUUCUGUUCAUUGUAAAUCCACCAUGGGACAAACUUUUCUAAGAAAUAUUCUGCGUAAUCCUAUUAAAAAUAUAGAUGAAUUAAAUAGAAGAUUGGAUUUCAUAGAAUUUUCUUUAGUACUUGAAAACAGGGAGUUUAUAGAGAGUCUUCAAGAUAAUAUAAAACAUCUGUGUGAUAUUAACAAUAUUUUAAUCAAAAUUCAGAAUGGACGAGCAAAUACGAAUGAUUGGAAAGUCAUAUACAAGACUAUGUAUCACACAGUUUUUGUCAAUGAACUUUGCCGCCCAUUUCUGGAAAAAUCAAAAAUACUCGCUGAAUUCAGCAAUUCAGUUUCUCCCGAACUAAUGGGCUUAGAACAAUCCAUUUUGGACGCAUUGGAUUUUACGAAUGUUCACCUUGGUAUACCAUCGAUAAAAUUUGGACUGGACGAAACAUUAGACGCCAAAAAACUUCGCCAAAAAGAUAUUUCAAAAAAUAUAAACGUCGCGGCAAGAAUUGUGGUUGAAGAGCUACCUGAUUUUAUAACUGAGUGUAGUAUAGUUUAUUUGCCUGAAAUGGGGCACCAUAUUGCUAUUAAUGAAUGGGAACCUGAUUGUAUUCCAGAACAGUUGGAAGAAUUCGGAUAUCAAUUUGUGUUUAAAAUCUCGGAUACCAUUCAUUAUAAAAACGCUAUGUGCAAAGAGCUGGAUAAAUAUUAUGGCGAUAUUAAUUCCGAGAUAAUCGAUCACGAAAACAGAAUUAUAAGAAGAUUGUCGGGGUUUAUAUCAAAGUAUCAAAAAGCCAUUCGCGAUCCCUUAAGAGAACUGGCUUUAAUUGACUGUCUCUUGGCAAUGGCAAAAAUGGCAAUAGAAAGGAACUUUAUACGCCCGCAACUGAACACAAACCACGUCAACGAAAUAGUGGAAGGCCGUCACCCCAUAAUGGACAUGUUAAUAACGGGCUUCGAAUCCAACGAUUUCUGCUCGGGGGGCGAAAACUCCCGAGUAAAAAUAAUAACGGGACCGAACGGCAGCGGAAAAAGCAUCUACUUGAAGCAAGUAGGCAUGAUCUUGUACUUGGCCCAUAUUGGGUCCUACGUGCCGGCCAAAUCGGCCAACAUCGGAAUGUUGCAUAGCAUACAUUGCAGAAUGCAAGCCAACGAGUCUGCUUCUGUGAGAUUGUCCGCCUUUAUGUUGGAUAUAAGCCAAACUACAAAGGCCUUAGACAACGCGAAUUGCUCGUCUUUAGUUCUUAUGGAUGAAUUUGGUCGCGGUACAUCAAUAAACGAAGGUCUUUCAAUACUAGUUGGGAUAUUAAAGUCUUUUGUUGAGAAGAAACAAAAUUGCCCCCACGUUUUAGUCUCCACGCAUUUCCAACAAAUAAUAAAACACCUACCAGUUUCAGCACUAGUAGAACACCUAAAAAUGGAACACACGAAAGCCAACGGCGCUCUUUGUUUCCUAUAUAAAACAGUAGAAGGCGUUUCGAAUAGUUUCGCCCUCGAUAUAGCAGAAGAAAUUAUCGAAGACCCCGAUAUUUUAACCAGAGCCCGAUACUUCUUCAACUGUCUUCAAAAUAACGAGCCCAUAAUCCCGCUAACAAACCCUAUAAAUUCACGUUUUCAACAUUUAACCAACAUAGAUAUAGACAUACCUGAACCAGACGAGGAAGAAUUGGACCAACAAAUGCAAUAG